UUUUACACCGCCAUUUUCACGCCACUGUCCGACAGAUACACUUCACUGACUCAUAGUGUUGAAAGCUUUCACGACGACUUCGAGAUGAGUUGCUAUGGUACAAUCCAGUGGCGCCGCCUUAUACCUAGAAAUGUUCAUUUUUUUAAAAAUUCGUUGAAGUAAUUCCAUUAGUACUAAGAUAUAGAACUAUCUAGUGAGAACUUGUCUGAUUCAUAAAGAUAACAGUAGAAUUAUUGUAUAUAGAGUUACAAAAUAAUUUAAUUAAAAAAAUAAAGAAUUAUGGAGAUUAAUGAAUCUUUUUAUAAAAAUGUAUUUUUACUUAUGCAAGUUGUGCCUGCAUCUUAUGAAUGUAAAAAAAGCUUUAAUAAGGAAAUGUUUAAUAAACCAAAUACUUUAGGUUUUAUUCAUAUUUCUCAUUAUUUAUUAUCUGUACAUAAUGCAACACGCUUUCAAAAAAUGGUCAUAUGGCCACUUUUAAAUAAAAUGGAUGAAAAAAAAUAUCGUCUAGAAAUAACAGAAUAUUUAAAAAUUUUAGCAACUGAAAAUCCAGAUAUAAAUUUUCCGCCAAUAAUUAUGUCUCAUUUAUUACAAGCAGGAGGAAGAAAAAUUUUGAUUCUUAUGUGGAAAAUAUCAGAGAUUAGCUUAAGAGCUUAUAUUAUUAAUAAAUGUCAAAUACAAUUGUUGCGAGCUCCUAAUAUUGGUGAUAAUAAAUACAUAACUCAAACAUAUUUUAAUAUAAUAAAUAUAAAAAGGAAUAAUGCUAUUUCUAAAUUUCAUGAAAAUAUAAAAUUAAAUUUAAAAUCCUUUGAAUAUUAUAUGCAAUGUAAAUCUACUGAUUUAGCAAAAGUUCAAACUGCUAUCUUUGAAGUAAAAGAGAAUAUAGAAAAGUUAAUGUCUAUAUUUUCAAUUAAUCCAUUAAUAGCAAAGCGAUUAACAAAUCUUGAUGAUGCAGAAAUUAUAAAUUUAUGGAAAAAAAGUAUUGAUCAAAAUAUUAAAUUUUUAAAACAAAAAAAUAUGAAACUACAAAAAUUAAAAAUUCUUAGUAAUACAUUAUAUGAUUUAAUUUUAAAUUUACGUUAUUUUAAAUACUUUGAUGGAAAAAAUCUUCCAAAAAUAAAUAAUGGAAUACUUUCAUUAUGUUUAAAUAAUAAUAUUCAGAGCAAUAAUAAUGAAUUAUAUACAAAUGGAUGCUUAGUAUUUCGUGUUCUAUUAUCAAUUAUUGAUCAAGUAUUAAAACAAUUACAAUAUUAUUUGAAAGAGAAUAAGUUAUCGGACAUAUCACAUUGGAAUCCAAAAAUAAUUGAAUAUUGUGAAACGAUUAAGUGCAUGGAAAAAAUAUUUCAAAAUCUUAUAACAGAAAUUUCUGAUAGCUUAAGUGAUAUUAAAUACAGUUUACAAGAGAAAAGUAUAAACUAUACAUUAGAUAAAGAUUUUUUAUCCUUUAUAAAUCUAAAAACAAUUUUAACUUCACCAAAAUUUAAUAUUUUUAUUGAUAACUAUAUAAAUGAUGAGGAAAUAUCAAAAAAAAUAUUAGUCUCUCCAAUAAAAGAUGGAAAUGCUACAUCUACUCCAAAUAGAAAAAACAUAGUAUCAAAGAAUUUUAACAUUUAAACUGUGUUGAUGAAUACACUCAAGUGAUGAAUAUAGAUGUUGCAAUGAAAGAAGAUUUUCAUAAUUUUUUUUGCAAAAUUACAGAUGUACUAGACUUUUUGUCUUAAUUUAAUUUAAUAAUUCAAGGUUAGAAGAAUG